UGAGGCGACGUGUCGCUGGCCCGGCCGAUGGCCGCCGCCCGCCCGCCGCGCUCCGCGCCCGCGCUGACCCAUGUAUUUGAAGAGGCCGGCGGGCGGCCUCGCCUUCUGCCUCUUCUACCUGGCCUCCAGCUUCACCAACAAGUAUGUCCUGUCUGUCCUGCAAUUUACCUACCCUACCCUUUUUCAAGGGUGGCAAACAUUGGUGGGUGGACUUCUGCUUCACAUCUCCUGGAAGCUGGGCUGGGUGGAGAUAAACUUGUGUUCAAGGUCUGAAAUCCUGUCAUGGCUUCCUGCAUCAGUACUUUUUGUGGGCAUUAUUUAUGCUGGCUCCAGGGCACUGUCUAGAUUGCCAAUCCCGGUGUUCCUCACUGUGCACAACGCGGCAGAAGUCAUAACCUGCGGGUUCCAGAAGUUCGUGCAGAAAGAGCAGACCUCUCAUCUGAAAGUCUGUAGUGUGCUGUUCCUCCUGGCAGCAGCAGUGUGCCUUCCUUUGUGUGACACACAGUUUGAUCCAAAUGGAUAUUUAUGGGCUCUAAUUCACUUGAUCUGUGUUGGGGCUUACAAAGUAUUUCACAAGUUGUGGAAACCUGGAUCUUUAAGUGAUCUGGACCAACAGUACAUCAACUAUGUGUUCAGUGUAGUGCUGUUGGCCUCUGCAUCCCAUCCAGCAGGUGAUCUCUUCAGUGCCUUGGAUUUUCCAUUCCUUUACUUCUACAGGUUUCAUAGCAGCUGCUGUGCCAGUGGACUGUUGGGAUUCUUUCUGAUGUUGCACACAGUGAAGCUAAAAAGCAGCACAACCUCAGGGCAGUAUGCAGCCUGGAGUUUCCUUGCAAAGGUUAUCACUGCUAGCUUAUCCCCGUUCUUCUUUGUCAUGACUGCCAAUGUACUAACAAUUUCCUGCCUUGUGAUCGGUGGAGUUGGAGAAGCGUUGCUUGUUUACACUGAAAGGACAGGCACAUAAAGAGGAACCAGAUCUCACCAGAUGGAACAGAGCUGACUUGCAGCCUAGAGACACUAUCAUGAAAAAAAAGUGGCAGCAGGAAUGAAGAAGUGCAACCAAACAUGAGGAAAGGGAUCUAUUGUUUUUGGUUUUUUUAAUUAAGAAAAGAACCUAUGCUAUUAAUAGUGCUGGUAAGGGAGCAGCAUAGAUGGCAGAGAUGGUAAGGAGCCUUUGCCUCAAAGCACAAGACCAACUAUACCAGAUUGAUGUGGUAAAGAAAAAACUGCACUGUAUCAUGCUGAUGGCUCUGUGUGAGCACCACUCAGUAGCAGCUUCUUGCACAGGGAGCUAAACUCAGGAAAAGCAGCAUUCCCCACUGGAUGCCCCUGGUGGUUUUUUGUUUUGGAUUUUUUAUUUUUUUUUUUAAGCAGACAGCAGGUCAUACCAAACAACGUAUAAAUUCAGGAUCUGGAAGGCUGGAUUUUGCCUCCAACUGUUCUGUAAGCAGCAAGCUGCCACACACAGGUCUCUAGUCAUGGUGUCUGAACUGGCACAGGGACUGAGGCCAAAGGGCUUGUGGAGAUAAUCCCCUUCUGGAACUGUGGCAUUUUGACAGCCUUUCAGAAAGGGAAAAUCAGCAAUAAAUCUCAAUAUCUGUA